GACCUUCUUUUUGAACGUAGCAUCUGAGAGGAAGUUGGGCUGCUUGCCCUUGCGGUUUGCCACGCUUUGCAUUUUUUGAUGAGUAGAGUGUGUUUUGAAAUCUUUGUUAUUCUCAUUCACGCAAGGUGUGAAUAAUGUCUUGACCUCUGUGUCCUGCUGUCUUUGUUUUUUUUUUAUAAUUCUGAUCUAAGAAGUUAUAAGAUGAGGAGACUAUCUCUGCAUCUCAGUUCGGAGACGUUUGCGGAGUGAAAGAAAAACGAGUAGGUGUCGGAUAAACAGAGCAACCGAAGACCAACGCAGUCGGGGGUCAAGACAAGUCCAGGUUUCCAGCAAAGAGAAAAAUAAAAUGUCACUGUAUUUGUCUUCCUCUUGUGGGACCAGUGUAGGAAGGGUGUGGACCAGCCUUGAUGACAGAAGGAAGGCUGAUGCUUCUCUGAUCAAAAAAAAAAAACAAGCUCCUAGCACUAGAUUUCCUGUUGCAGUCUUUAUCAAAAUUUAAUCUGCUACCUUCAAUGUCAACACUUUGUUGAGCACGCAAAACAAUGAACGAUCCUGACAAAUGCUAGGCUUUGAGUUCACACGGCUCUUUUGUUUCACACUUUAUGCGAUUUUAUGAGCUGCUUUCUAAAAAGGGAAUUCAAAUUUGUAGAAAGUGCUUACCUAAUACUCUGACUAUGUCACCUUGUGGUGAAAUCUCACGGAGGUCUCUCCGACAGGACUGAGAGGAAUGCUUCCAGUUGCACGACAACCAGUUGUUUUGUUUUUUUAUCUAACUCUUCGGUUUAUCAGGAAAACCCCUCCUGUAAACGGUUAGGCCGUAAAUUUCAGGGCAGGGCCGCACCUUGGCUGGAAUCCGUAUCUCCAGAGCCACGGCAGGAGAAAAUGAGGCGUUGAUAGCGUGAUCAGGUUUAGAGAAGCAACAUCCAGAGGAACAAAGAAACUUUAAAAAAUAAAAUCAAAAGCGUUGGUAGGUUGUGUGAACCUUGAGAACCCGAAGGUUUGAUGAAAACAACAACAAAACUAGAAAACUGCUGGGACUUUUUCUGGAGCCAUUUUCUGCAACACACACUCCAGACGCUGGAUUGCAUCACACAUUAAGUCAACAUCCCAAUACAAAUGUUCAAUAUUAAUACAUUAAAAUGAUGACAAUCUUAAAAGCAAUAAUUGGAUGCUGGAAGGAGUCUUACUGAAAUAGACUUGAUGGAUAACAGAGCCAGAGAGAGAUGGGAGCAAAGAUGAUAAACAGAUUGGAGGAAAAUGGAAAUUUAUCUCAGUCAAUGAGGAUAUUCAUUUACUGUCGGCCAUUUUUAACGUGUCCAUACACCAAAAAAGUCAAAUUAAAAAACACACAAUCCUGACAACAAAACAGCAGCAACAAAGACCAAACCAAUACAGAAAUAUAUAAACAAUAUUUCAAUUUAUGUCAAUGGUAAAAUCACAAAGAGUAGGUAGAAGCACAAACCUAUUCUACCUUCACACAGCGUCAUCAAAAUCAAAACGGCAGAAUCUUUUCUGUGUAUUUACCUAUCCUGAAUUAAUUCCAGGCGAGUCUGCAGGCAAACCCGCAAAAUAAAACAUAAUCAAACCUUAUUGUAUUCGUUUAGCAAAUAAUUUUUAUCCAUUUUUUUUAUUUAAUGAGUGAAAAACAGAGUUUUAACUCCUCACAACAAUUAUUACACAGCUUAAAUACAGUUGUUUUUAACCUUCAGGUUUUUUUUGUUUUUAACCUUUAGUUUUUUUGUUUUUCUAAAAACACCCUUCUCUAUUAGUUUGUUUCUUUAACUCUUUAUGUCCUAAGCUUCAAAACUCCGCCUGGAUAUUUUUUAUAAUUUUAAUUGUACCCAGCUCUUUAAAUGUCCUGAGUGAAUAUAUUUGCCCAUUAAUCCAUAACAACUGGGUCUUAACUUCAUGACUUCCAUCUCUACCAAGUUAUUUUUUACAAUUUACCCUCUAUUAAAAGAGCGGCCCUCAGAUUAAUUUCCCUCCCUGCUACAGUGGGGGUUAAAUUACCGUAAUAACCCCAAAUUGGCUGGAAAGCGCAACGUCUCCCCUUUCAGAAUCUCUUGGAAUUUUUCAGAUAACGCAGAGUGUGGAGGAAUUACUGUACUGCAAAUUUGGCGCUCCGUUUAAUUUCAAACCACUUCACACUUUGGAAGGAGUUUGUUACUGUCUUUGUCCAUGAUGUUGUCACUGCAACAUUUUUCUCCGGCCUGUAUGCAAGCGAAACAAAACUCAUACAGUUAAAACUGUCAGCUACAAAAACACAGCUCAAUAUCAGUAAUUCAGCCCCCAGUAGUUUUUGUGGAGUCGGUGCGAGGCUGGCAUCUCUUUCAAAUACCAGGACAUUUUAAGAGUCUGGCGUGCUUUACCUGUAAACUGAGAGCGAUAAUCACUCACAACCAAAUCCCCAGGCACAAAAUCCACCUUCUCACCUCCUCGGUCCUCAGAGCCGAGUGCUAUGAAGAGGAAAACUAAAAACGCGGUGAGCUGGAGAGGAGAGAGCAGAAACAAAGAGAAAAUGUCUCCCUGUACCUCUCUGUUUGUGUUUCAUCCUGUAAAAUGGUGCAGGAAAAAAACUACUGUCUUAAUAUGACAGUAGAGUUAACAAGAAUUGUAUAUUAUUUUUUAAUUCUCAUACACAGAUAUUGAUGUACCUAAAUAAAUAAAAAAAAAAUUCUGUGAGGGACUCUGUAACUGCACUAAAGGAUAAAAGUUUCAUACAACUCAAUAAACUGGUUGCUUUGAGGAGAUUUCUAUAGACAGCAGGCUGUAGAAGAUGUGGGAGCAAAGGCUAAGAGAACGUUGGCAGAUGCAAAUGAACGGGUUCUGAAGCAGAUGUUCUGCUGCUAGAACGUUCCUGGUAGCGGGCCACCGGAGUGGAGCGGCGGCGCGGAGGAAGAAAAACACCUGCUCGAUACGAAACCGAAAGUUCACGUGAGGAUGUGGGGCUAUGUGGACGGCCGCGUUUGGUUUGGCAAAUGUUUGAAACUGGCAAAACGUUCCCAACUCUGCUCAGAAUGAGUUCAUUUGAAAAGUGGCGAUGCUGACUAAGAACAUGAAGUGACACACACCGCCCUCUGUGGUGUUUUUAUUCAAUAAGAGAACAACAACAUAAUGACUGUGAAUGAAACUGGACCCACAGAGGGGUUCUCAGGCAACCUCUCCCACCCGUCCUGCAACCAUGACUUGUCCUGCUGGGAGCAGACGAUGGACAAGAUGUACACCUACUUCUACCUGCUGCUCUUCGUCCCUGGCCUCUUCCUCAACACCACCGCUCUCUGGGUCCUCUGCAAACACUUCAGUAAGAAGACCAAAGCGGUGAUAUUCAUGAUAAACCUGGCCUUGGCAGACCUGGUCCACGUCCUCUCUCUGCCCCUACGGAUCUAUUACUACUUCACACACUCCUGGCCCUUCGGAAAAGGCAUCUGCUUGCUCUGCUUUUAUCUCAAAUACCUGAACAUGUACGCCGCAAUCUUUUUCCUGGUGUGCAUCAGCGUGCAGAGAUACAGGUUCCUCCUCAAGCCGUUCACCGCCCGCCGCUGGAGGCGUCGCUACGACCUGCUCAUCAGCGUGGCGGUGUGGGUGUUUGUCGCUGUCGGUUGCUUGCCUUUCAUUCUGAUGCGGAGCAGCGAGAGCGGCAACGCCAUCGAGAGCCUCCCCCAUCACUCCUCCACCCCCGCCAAGCCGUUGAGCAUGGCGUGCAGUCCAAACGCCAGCGCCGCGUCCAGCAACACGUCCAGCAACGGCGGCUGCUUCAAAGACCUGCCCACGCGGAAGAUCUCCGUCCCGCUGGCUGUCAGCCUGAUCAGCAUGUGCGAGCUGUUUGGAUUCCUGCUCCCUCUCGUCUGCAUCAGCUACUGCUCCAUCCGCAUAGCCUGGUCCCUCAACCACAGCCAGCCCCAGGCCCGGCAGGACUCCGCCGCUCCCUGCCCCUCGAUGCGCAGCAGACUCCAGUCCUUCACUUCCAACGGCCACGCAGACAAAAGCCACGAAAAGCCCGCCAACAGCAGCGAGAAGCGGCGGGCCCUGCGGAUGGUCCUGAGCUGCUCGGCUCUUUUCCUGCUCUGCUUCGCCCCGUACCACAUCAACUUUGUGCUCUACCUGAUGGUCUCGCAGAAGUUUGUCGUACACUGCGCCACCGUGCUGGCCGUCAAACAGUUUCACCCCAUUUCCCUCUGCUUGGCAAGCAUGAGCUGCUGCCUGAACCCUCUCCUGUAUUACUUCCUGAACGCCGAAUUCAGAAUGCACCUCAGGCGCACCUCGUCCUUCACCAACUCGAUCCUGUCCUCGCCGAGCUCCCCGAGAGACUGUCCGACGCAAGCCAAGCUGCUGAGGAUGGAGAGCAUCUGUUCCGAGAAGGAUUAGCAUCUCAGAGAGAAGAUCCCACUGGGCCUUGCAAAAGUACUCAUACUGCCUCUUGAACUCUUUCACAUUUGUGAGACAGAGGCCCAAUCUCAAAGUGUUCAAUUGCAAAGUCAAUUCUUUUUAAGUCACGUGUGAUAUAUGUACAAAUUUCAUAACAACCGAAUGUGACAUGGUUACUUGAUUGUGCUGUAAAAAGUCACUAUGUGCCUCGAAAACAUAAUACUGCCCCUUCAACAAGUUGGUGGCAUCCAUCUUUCCAUCCGUUCCAAUUGGCUUUCCAGUUUCUGAUGAGUGAAUGUCUUCCCACAGCAUGGUGCUGCCUCUCCCAUGUUUCACCAAGGGAAUGAUUUGUUCAGGCCAAUGUCCAGUUUUAGCUUUCCAACACAAAUUAUGCUUGCUUGUAAGCCAGAAAGUUACAUUUUGGGGGGGGGUUCUGACCGGACCACAUCUUUACUGUGUCCCGUCCACAAACCUGCUCAACAAGUCCUGCUGUCCUGCCUGUCCAUAUUUCCCCACUGUCACAACCCAGAGGGACAUCUGAACCUAUCAAGACAGUGAGUCAUGUAUCCUGCAGUAGGGGACCAUCGUCCUUCAUGGCUUGUGGCAAAAAGUAAAAGAAACUUCCUAUAGCUUAUGGCACUCUUCCAUGAAAGUUGGAUAUUUAAGAACCUAUUCAGUCAACACAUUAUCCUACCUGAGCUGUGGAUCUGUGAAGCUCCUCUAGAGUUACCAUGAGCCCAUUGGCUGCGUCUCUUGAUUAACGCUCUCUUUUGUCCGUUUAGGACGCCCACGUCUUGCCUCCCUUGUGGUUUUGCAAUACUCCACCCUGAUUUUUAGAAAACGGUUUGAACUCUUUGAGAUCUUCUGGAUCGUCAAACUUAUCCACAAGUGUCUACUUGAAUUAUGUGCUUGUGUUUAGGGAUGCACAAUAUUAUUGGCAUGGUAUCGGUAUUGGACGAUGAUAACUGUAAAAUUUAACAUCGGCCAUUCCAUCAGAAUAACUCACCGAUGUUUUUAUAUGACAAACCAGGGACAACGAUGCCUGCAGCACAACUUCAUAAACUGUUAAGUAUUAAUGCACGACUGAUGUGCUUUUCACUUGUUGCUUGUGAACAGGUUGAGUUUAGUUUUGUGAAGAUUUACAAACUUGCACUGUUUGAGCGUUGUCAUUGUCUGAGAGAUAAUGUCAUGAAUAAAUUUGACAUAAAAAUAAUGCUAGUUGGAAGUGCUACAUGAUAUUCAGCCUCCCUUUAGAAUUUGCAUUCAAUAGCAGGCUAAAUUGGCAAAGAUAAUCGCAAUUUUCAUUACACAGUAGAGAAAGCCAUAGAAUUUCAGUAAGUAGGUAUAGAAAAAACUUAUUGGUAUUGGUAUUGGUUAUCGGCCAAGUGAGUUUCAGUACAUCGGCAUAUCGGAUAUCGACCAAAAAGCCGUCCCUACAUCCUUAAUCUUCAUGAAGCUGUUCAUAAUCUGAAUAACAUCUGACUGGUUCCACUGGUUUUUAUUUUGGGGCAUCACAGAAAGAACUCUGACAGCAUACAAUCUUCACGCAUUCGCUUAAAAAAAAAUACUUUUCCUUCCACUUUCCAUCAACGCACAACUAAAACAAAUAAAUACGCCGACGUCUGUGACUGUAUGAAAAACAUCCUGAGGCACAAAUUCUUUGGCAAGGCUCUGCUGUCUUCAUUCAGGUACUAUUUAAGCUGAACUGAACUGAAAUGACAUGUUUUUAUGCCAAAAAAAAAAAAAAAGGGCAACCGGCUGGGAGCAAAGCAGACUUUAAGUCUUGCCCACGGACAGUUUGGCGUACGCCGACAUGUGAGGUUAGGAUUUGAUCAAAUGUACCCAGCUCUGAAAAGCUGUGACCUGGAAGAAAGGAGGAAUAAGAAACAACCACCUCACGUUUCCUCAUAAUAGUUCUCAAAUGUUUGUCUCCAGGCCUGUUAGUCCCCUGCGCUGAAUGUAGAAAUUUCAGAUAAGCUAUCUGACAGAAACCACAUGUCAGUGUAUUGCAAUUUACUGUAAAUACAAGCGAUGCUUUUUG